AAACCAUACGAAGAGUCGCAUAACCAGAGAGGGACGCAAGGCUACAUUGAAGAGCCAAAACCAAAAGCCUGUCCCUUUCAGCUGCCCAAAGGAUCGCCAACCUCGCAAUCAUCUCCUAUAUACAAACCUCCUCCAUUACUCUGAAUUCGAGAUCUUCAGAAAAUAGUCAAGUUGAUACAUACAUAUUCAUCUAUUCUGAAAAGUAUAUUUGAUCAGAUCAUGGCUCACUCAGCUCUCUCUCAGGUCCCGGUUGCGGUUCCCAUCAAUGGCGAUUUCUCUAUUCGAAGAUCCGUGUUUAAGACAAAUAGUUUGACAUUUCAUGAUAAAUCAUGGACUUCCGCCUCACACAUGGACUUGAAAACUGCAAACACUCGAUCAAGAAGUCAAUUUGUGGUUUGCGUGUCAGUUCAAGAGGUUAUCAAACCUAAAGUUGCAGUUCAACCUUUGACAUUAGAAGAUGUGAAAGAGCCUCCUCUACACCUGUAUAAGAACAAGGAGCCAUAUACUGGAACCAUUGUCUCUGUUGAAAGACUCGUUGGCCCAAAUUCACCAGGGGAGACGUGUCAUGUAGUGAUUGAUCAUGAUGGCAAUGUGCCCUUUUGGGAAGGACAGAGCUACGGCGUCAUUCCUCCUGGAGAGAACCCUAAAAAGCCUGGUAGUCCACACAAUGUUCGUCUAUACUCAAUAGCGUCUACCAGGUAUGGAGACUAUUUUGAUGGCAAGACAGCAACUUUGUGUGUUCGGCGUGCAGUCUAUUAUGAUCCUGAGACUGGAAAAGAAGAUCCUAUGAAAAAAGGUGUAUGCAGCAAUUUUUUGUGUGAUUCGAAGCCCGGAGACAAAGUCCAGAUCACAGGUCCUUCUGGCAAGAUAAUGCUUCUGCCUGAAGACGAUCUUAGUGCUACCCAUAUUAUGAUUGCAACUGGCACUGGCGUGGCUCCUUUCAGAGGCUAUCUUCGCCGUAUGUUCAUGGAGUCUGUUCCCACAUUCAAGUUUGGUGGCCUUGCUUGGCUUUUCCUUGGGGUGGCCAACAGGGACAGUCUUCUUUACGACGAUGAAUUCUCUCAGUAUCUUCAUGACUACCCAGAUAAUUUCCGGUACGACUGUGCCCUUAGUCGAGAGCAGAAGAACAAGAGUGGAGGCAAAAUGUAUGUUCAGGAUAAAAUUGAAGAGUACAGUGAUGAGAUUUUCAAACUUUUGGAUGGUGGAGCACAUAUUUAUUUCUGUGGGCUUAAGGGAAUGAUGCCUGGGAUUCAAGAUACACUGAAAAAGGUAGCAGAGCAAAGAGGGGAAAAAUGGGAUGAAAAGCUUUCACGACUAAAGAAGAACAAACAAUGGCACGUUGAAGUCUAUUGACAGGCACUUGUAUUCAUCUUUACCUGUAGUUGAAGAAUAAUUUGAUUUUUUUUAUUUUUAUUUUUGCACGAAAACGAUUUGAAAGACAUGCAUUCUUGAUAUAAUUUUGUUGCCCGACUUAUAAUUAUGUUAUUUCUUUCUUA